AUGGCUCAAGGCGCGUCUCUCUUCAGACUCUUGAACUUGAUCACCUCGAUCUUGAUCAUCCUCGGUGGUAUCCUCCUCUUUGUCAUGCUCGGAUCAUGGAACUCUGGUAUCCUCGGAGUCUUCGUCGUCCUUUUCGGGCUGUUGACCUUCUCUUUGGAGUUCGUCAUCCCCGAGUCGAUCGUCUAUAAUAUGGGAUUCAUGUUCUCCCUCCUCGGCCGUGGUGUCUUCUACAUCAGGCAAUGGUUCAACAUCCUGGUCGGAUGCUUCAUCAUGGUCGUCGGUUUCUUCUACGUCGCCAUGCAUUUCGUCGGCGCUACCCCUUCGCCUUCCAUGUCGGCCGUCCCAAACACUUCGAGCAACAACCUUAACCCUGGUACUACCUCUGGUUAUUCCUACACCAACCCUACUACUCAGCGUGAGGAGGACUUGCAACCUAACAUGACCGAGAACUACCAAGACCAGACCCACUAG